CUGCUAAUGUUAGCAAAAGUGCUACCUUUCUCGUGUCCGGCUUUGUUUCCAGUCCCAUCGCCGUGACAUACAAAUUGAACCGCUGCUUGAAUGCACGUCAUUUUUCGUCGACGUUACCCGACAGUUCCAGGCUUUCUGGCGGCUUCAAAUCCAUGUCAGCUUCUCCGGUGGGUGCUCAACUUACUCGGUUCACUCCUGGUACCAUGUUUUGUUCAUGUUUGAUUAAUGGAAGAGGCUUGCUGUUGCUCAAGAUGAACAUUUAUUGUUAGCAGCUCGUAGCCAUGCUAGACAGAGUUCACAUAGAAAACGAAGAGCAUCUCCUUCUGCUGCUGCCUCAUUCAAACAGUGCCAGUCCAGACAGCAGCGACACCUAGUGAUAGCUACUGAUCAUAACAGUUCUGAAUUAACAGUAACUUGUCAAGAGUCAGUUUGUGGAAUUUCUUCCAUCUUAAUGUGUUUCAGAGCAUCAGAUACGUUGUUCAGAGGUAGGGUUGGUACACAGUGGCUAGAACUACUUGACUACUGUUAGAAUCCAUACUAUGGAGAGAACCAAUCAGCUAAGAGAAACGACAGUCCAUCAUUACUUUAGGAACUGAAGGUCAGUGGAGCCAGAAAGUUUCAAGAACUUUGAAUGAAUCCUCAAGUGCAGUUGCAAAAACCAUGAAGUGGCAGACAAACCUCAACAUCAACUGUUCAGAGGAGAAUCAGACCUUCAUGGUGGAACUUCUGCAGACAAACCACUACUGAGGAUGAAGAAGAAGAAGAAGAGAAACAACAGGAAUGGACAUUAGACCAGUGGAAAGCUGGGCUUUGGUCUGAUGAGUCCAAAUGUGAGGUUUUUGGUUCUUUGUGAGACCAGAAAAGGUGAUGGAUGGUCUCCACAUGAUGGUUCCCACCGUGAAGCAUGGAGGAGGAGGUGUGAUGGUCACUGUUGGGGAUUUAUUCCAAACUGAAGGAACCCUGAACCAGCAUGGCUACCACAGCAUCCUGCAGCGACAUGACAUCCCAUCCGGUUUGGUUUAGUUGGACCAUCAUUUAUUCUCCAACAGGACAAUGAGUCCAAACACACCUCCAGGCUGUGGAAGGACUAUCUGACCAAGAAGGAGAUUAUGGAGAUGACCUGGCCUCCACAGUCACCUGACCUGAACCCAAUCCAGAUGUUUGGGAAGAGAUGGACCUCAGAGUGAAGGCAGAAGGACCAGCAAGUGCUCAGCAUCUCUGGAACUCCUUCAAGACUGUUGGAGAACCACCCAGGAGACGUCAUGAAGCUGAAGGUCCCACAGCGACUGUCCAUGAACCAGGAGAACAAACAGAAACGUAUCAGACCUUCAUAGUUCAUCAUGAUUCUUUGUUGACACACUGAGCUGCUGCAGAGAUCAUGAAUGGUCUGGCUGGUAAACAGGAAGUUUCAGACCUCAGGAAGAUGAGAUAAGAUAAUCCUUUAUUCCUCCCCACACCAGAGAACAUUUACAGAUUCACAGCAGCAGCAACGUAAAGGUUGCAUGAAGGUUUCAUGUCUCAACAGCUACAAGCUCCACCUUCAAGAAGAAACACGGAAACUAUUUCUCUGCACAGCUUCAGGUUUAUGUUGGAUAUUUGUACCUAACUAAGAACUGUUCUGUCUGAAGUCUGAAGUUACCUGAUUUACUGGAAACAGACCAGAAGCUCCGUUUUUGAAGUGGAGUUUAAUGAAUUUCAACGCCGUUCUUCUCCAAUUCCUUUAUGGUUCACGGAUUAUUUUAAAAAAUAAAAUUCAGUAAAUGACAUCAACUUGUGUUUACUGGUUAAACUUUGGGGUUUUUUGUCACAUAUUUACACCAAACUACCAGUGAGAUCAGAAGAAGAAGAAGACGGUAAAAUGUCUGCUGGAACAUCUGAAUUAUUCUAUCUGAUCUGUUUACUGGUCUGUUCCUGUACAGCUGAGACAAACUUCAAAGCUGAACUUGGACAGGAUCUCAGUCUGUCAUGGACAAUUCCCGAGGAGAACAACCCCAUCACCGCCGUAGAGUGCUGUAGACCUGAAAUGAAAGCAAAAUAUGUUCUUUCCUACCGAGAUGGACGCUUAGAUCCAGAGAACCAGCAUCCAUCUUAUAAGAACCGGGUGGAUCUGCAGGACAAAGAGAUGAAGGACGGAAAAUUUACUCUGAUUCUGAAGAAUGUGAACAUGGAGGACACUGGAACAUAUGAGUGUCAUAUUUAUGAGAAUAAAACAUGUAGCUGGAUUAGAUCCAUUUGGGAAAGAUCCAGAUGGAGGAUUGAAUCCAUCAUCAGCAUCUUCAACCUGGAAGUUGUUGAACCAGGAGACAUGGAUGAAGAAGACAUGGUUGGAAACAUUAUACGAUCAGUCCUGGCAGUGAUACUUUUUGCUUUGUCUUCUGUUGGUUUCCUGAUCUGUAGAUCUCUAGAUGAUCCAUGAAGAAGAACCCAAACCUCCCAGUUCCUCCUGAUGAAGUAGCAGCUGAACAGAUGUUAUGAAACAAAGACAUGAAAGUUUUUCUGAACAGCAGCAGAACAAACUGUGAAUGUGAACAGAACAGAAUGAAGCUGAAUCCACCUUUUCUCAUGUCUUAGUCUGAGGAGAAAUCCCUGUUGAAGCCUCCGACUGAAUCUGGUGAAAUAAAUGAAUGUGUGGUCAUCAGAGACGUGAAGAAGUGGACGGCUGUAGUCCUCUCUGAAAGCUCUGAAAUCAUGUGAACAUGUUGAACAUAUCCGAGGGUUCCAUCAGACUGGUGUCUGCUGAUGUCAGGAAGUGUUUCCAUCAGGAAGGUUACUAAGGAAAACACUACAUGUUAGUGUGUCUCUGAACUCAUGGAAUGAUGUCAGUUUCCUUCAACAAUGACAACAAAGUUCAUUUGUUUUCAACCCAAACCAGGAUCUGGAUGUGAACCUGCCUGAACUGAAACAGACAAUAAACUAAAACAGGUCACAGAAGGUAGAAAUCUGAGCUGUUUAGUCGGUUGGAAGACUGAAGGAAGUUUGUUUACUGCUUGAAAAAUAAAAGAUCAACAUGUUUUUAUUCCUCGUUCAGUGUUGUAAUGUGGAAUGUGACCAGCAGCUUUACCUCAGCAGUGUUUAAAUGUCAAGUACAGCAGCUAACCCGGAGAUAGAGUCCAUACAGGAUGCUAACAGCACAGGCUAGUGCAGUGGCUAAGCUAAGCUAAGCUAAGCUAAGGUAAACCAAUAUCAUUCCCACAUUGGUGACUAAGCUGCUAUUAUAAAACGACGUUAAAGUGUCCCCGAGGUGCAAAACAUUUCAGAAAACAACAAAAAAUUUUACACCAGUUCUUGUUUCAGAGUCUUUCUGGGGACGUUGUGUUACAUCGUCACUAUCAGGGUCUUUAUGACACUUUUCCUCAGUCGUGUUAAUUAUAUGGAUGAAAUAAUAAUUAUUACGCAGUGUGCUGUUUGCCACAUGAAGUACUGUCAUCUUGCUGACCUUCUGCAUUCUGUUCUGGUUCUUGUUUGUAAUAUCGGUACCAUCAGUGCUUCAAAGCUGCUGCCUGAGAAAAUAAAUAACUUCAUGGUGAUUUUGUGUGAUGUGCCUCCUUAUAAAUGUUAAAAAUCUGUGUGUAUUAUGUAUUUUAUGCAUUUAUUAUGCUGCUGAGUGGUUUGUAAGCUUCAUCUUUGUCCUAUAUUAUGUUUUGUUGUUAAUCUGCAGAUAAAUGUAGUCCAGUAAAAUAACAUUGUUUGCUACUGAACUGUAAUGAAGGUUGAAUAGAAUAAACAGAACUUUUACUGAUAGAAUGUACUGAGUUAGUUCACAGAAAUGAUUAUUUAUAUUGUAACAGACUGGAAAUAAUGAACUUUACUGUAAAUAAUGAUCUUUACUGCUGUUUUUUCACUUCAGCUUUGAUGCAAUGAUAAUAAAGGUGUAGUUGUAAAAUGAUCACAGUCAGACUUUGUACCAGUUGAUUGUUUCUUGUAUAUCAGAGGGUUAAUAAAGCUGACAGUAAACCUGGACUCUGA